GGAGAGCUCAUUGAUUUGCACCGAGAGAAAAAGACGCGAUGGCGGCUGGGACAGCGACGCGCCUCCUGGAAUGGAUCUUCGCCUUGUAUUUCCUCACUCACAUCCCCAUCACGCUGCUGGUGGAUUUGCAAGCGCUCCCGGGGGCAGGAUUUUACCCCCGCAGCCUGAAAGAAUUGACAUCUUGGUACACGGUUGCAUUUAAGGACCCCAUGAUGAAGGACCCCCCUGCCUGGUUCAGGUCGUUCGUAUUCUGUGAAGCCUUCCUACAGUUGCCUUUCUUCCCUAUCGCAGCCUAUGCCUUCUGGAAAGGCAACUGCAAAUGGAUCCGAAUCCCGGCCAUCAUUUACGCGACCCACGUCAUGACCACGCUGCUCCCCAUCUUCAGCCACAUCCUGUUCAACGAUUUCUCGCGGUCCAAGCACCCUGCGCCCCAGACGCUGCACGAACGCUUGACUCUCUGCGCCAUUUACAGCCCCUACUUCCUGAUUCCUUGCCUCAUUCUUCUCACGAUGCUCCUCAGCCCCCUGUAUAACCAGGUGGAUAAAAGGAAAAGGAAAUAAGCCGGCGAGGAUCCUUCCUAAGAGGGGGAAGGAGUUAAAACCUUGGAUUCAGAAGCUUGCAAACUGGGCCAAUAAAUGGUUGUGUGUUUUUUUUUUU